GCCAUCAGACUCUGUCGCUGGGGAAAAGUGAGGUUUUCCCCAGAUCAAAGUCAGUUGUGAUGAAUGGCGUCAAACAAGGCAAAGUGAAGCAGAGACAGGGGAAGGUUCAGGCCUUGUCUUGGCUGAUUUUUUGCUCUUCAACACACAGCGAGCGUGAUGUCAGCGAUGGCAGUGCUGUUGUAAUUGACUUGGUGGGGGUGAUGGCGUCAUUUUAUGCCCUGGUGUAGCCUGCUGCUUCUAUAGCGAAGGGGAGACGGAUCUUUGUCCGACGCGACCGUGGCUCCCUUGGCCGGGAUCGAGCACCGCCGAGUCGGACAUUUCACCCCGGGAAACAUGGAGGCUGUGGCCGAGGAGCUGCGGGCCGGCUCUCGGGUACCUGUCACUAUCGAUCAAAUAAUUAACGACACACUGGUAGUCACGCUGACAUUUCGAGAAAGGAGCUACGCGGGGAUUUUACUUGAUUGCAGCAAAAAGUCUGGGCUCUUCUGUCUGCCUGAGUUCAAAGCCAAAUCUGAGGAAUGUCCAGUGGCUAAACUAGGCUGUGAAACCUCAGAAGUUCUGAGUGAGGAGUUGGUGUCCCAUUCCCCCAGCCAGAAUUCAGACAGACCAAAGGAUGAAAAUGCUCUCCCUGAAAACAGCAUAUCUACUGCACCUCCUCCCUGCCCUAUACCAACACCAGUACCCGCUGGACAGACUCCAUACCCUCCUUAUUUUGAAGGAGCUCCCUUUCCCCAGCCUUUAUGGGUGCGCCACAGCUAUAGCCAAUGGGUACCUCAACCCCCUCCACGACCAAUCAAAAGAAGGAAGAGGCGAACACGAGAGCCAGGCCGUAUGACUAUGAGCACAAUUCGUCUAAGGCCUCGGCAGGUACUAUGUGAAAAAUGCAAGAACACAUUGAAUAGUGAUGAGGACAGCAAAGAUGGUAUAAACAGUGCCAAGACAUCUAGAAAAGAUGAUGCACUGCAAAGUGAUGAUGAUGGCGAGGACAAAGAAAUCCCAUCAAAGCUUUCAAAAAAGGAAGACGUGGGUGCAACCAAGGACACUAAAAGAAGGGAGAAUGGCACCAACUUUGAAAGUAAGCGCCUUAGAAAGGACAAAAGGGGAGAAUCUGAUGUGGACAAGUACUCCAGAGGUGAAAUGACUAUUCCUCAUAGUCCUGUCAUAAAGAUCUCCUACAGCACUCCACAGGGCAAAGGGGAGGUCAUGAAAAUUCCCUCACGGGUCCAUGGUUCAGUCAAACCGUUUUGCCCCAAACAGCUGGCACAAAAUGGUGUCAGAGAAAACGGCAAGGCAUCUUCAGAGUCUACCAAGGAACAGCGGCACAUCCUAGAUGCCACACGGUCUGGCCUCACUGUGUCCAUUCCCAAACUAAAACUCACCAGACCUUAUACAAAUGUGUCUCAGGACUUGCCUUCUCCAAAGAUCCGCUUGAAACCCCCUCAGAGGGCAGGUGAGGAGAGUGUGGAUGAGUAUGAGGCAGAACUUAUAGAAGACACUAGGAGGCAAAGCCCCAGAGUCCCUGGACCUUGUCUUCCCCAUUCUGAAGACUCGGGGGAAGGCAAAAACUCUCUGGAAUUGUGGUCAGGGAGUUCUGGAGAGGAGGCCGACAGAGGCCAUAGUGACCUUACUCUUCUUAUCAACUUCCGUAAACGUAAAGCGGAUUCCUCUAGCCUGUCAGUCUGCAGCAGUGACAGUCUAGAUGAGUCCAAGUCGUUUAGCUCUGACGGUACUUCACCUGAGCUGUGUGAUCUCGCACCUGGGGAAGACCUUUCUGUAACCUCGUCAUCUGUUCCGUCACGGGAGGACUGUAAGACGGUGCCACCGCUCACAGUGCGGCUCCACACACGCAGUAUGACAAAGUGUGUAACAGAGGAUGGUCACGCUGUGGCAGUGGGUGACAUUGUUUGGGGGAAGAUCCACGGCUUCCCCUGGUGGCCAGCCCGUGUCCUUAGUAUUAGCGGCACCCACAAACAGGAAACAGCCACUUGUGAGGCACAGUGGCCCCAAGCAAAGGUCUCGUGGUUUGGUUCACCUACCACUUCCCAGCUCUCCGUUGCCAAAUUGUCCCCCUUCAGGGAGCUCUUCAGGUCCCGCUUCAACCGGAAAAAGAAGGGCAUGUACCGGAGAGCCAUCCUGGAGGCAGCCAAGGCUGUGGGUCACAUGAGCCCAGAGAUCACGUCACUGCUCUCCCACAGCGACACGUAGGCUGAGGACUGAGCAGAGAUCUCAGAGGUUUUUCUGAAUUCUCAGACCCUGUCAUCAAGAGCCAGGAGGGAGUACGUGCGGUUGCCACGGCUACUAUUUAUAUGCCUUUUUUUCCCUUUCUUUCACAAGGCAUGCGGAAAAUGGCCGUCAAGGUGGAGUGUCGUUUUGACUGGAUGAGAGAGAGAGAGCAAAAAGAAAGCGGCGGCCAUGCAUUCUAUGGUCUCCCAUGAACUAUUCCUCCUUUUCAUUUUCUAGAGUUAAUCAUAUUUCAAUAGAGCCGAAUUACAACACUACAGGGACUCGAAUGUAUUUAUUGUCUGUAAUUGUUUAUUAUGAUCCAUUUGUACACCGUUCGCUACACUCUUGUAAAACCUGCUGGUCUGCUGCUGUUAUCGUCUUGGUCCUCACCAGCCACGACUUCCAAGGUUUUACUGGUGGAGGCUGGUGGAAUCUUUAGAGUACCAACACCAUCCUCUGGACCAUGACGCAUCUUACCAUGAUUUUUUUUUUUUUUUUAAAGAAAAAAAGUCUUACUCUGAUUCUUCGUACUUCUCAACCAAUGUGAAUGGCUCCAUCAAUAGACAGAAGAGACUGUUCCAGUUCUUCUAGCAAUCACAAUGUUCCAUUCUCAUGUCCUACAUGUGUGGAUGUAUUUAUACUGACCUCUGAUUCUGCUCUGGAGUCGGGUUAUGUCUCUUUUCCAUUUUUAUUUUUUACCUUAUCACAUCACGUUCCUUCCCCCCUGCGUUGCCCACCCUCUUUCCUGAAAACCAUUUUUAACAUCACUUUAAUUAUUUAAAACAUCAUGUUGGAGAAAAAAAAAGCACUUUAUCUGUACCUUGGUGGCCUGCUGUAAGCUCACUGUCUGAAACACUAUUGCGAGAUACAGCCCUGAUGAGCAGCAGGGGAGUUUAGAAGUCUUCACGGUUGACUAUCCACGACCUUGGAGAUACAGGAGAUACAAAAAUAAAAGUCUUCUUUAUUUUUGAUUUAGUUUAUUCUGUUGAACCAUUCUUGGGGACACAGGGCACUGUCUGGUUCUGUGUCAGCUUACCUAACGAACAGACACACAGUUUAAACAAAGGAGUCUGUUUUAACAUUUCCACUGGAGAAACAUGGAGCAAAAGGUGUCGAAGGCCCUUAUGCAUUUUCAGUUGAAGCUUUAUCGGAAACGUUAAGGAGGAAAAAACAUCGAACAUGCUGUAAGAAUACUGUGAAUCCAACUGCUGAGUGCGAGCGAGACGCGUUUUCACGACUAGUGGGGACCUGCAGUCAUGUUGAGUCAUUGGGCAGAAGCAGACUGCAGCGUUGACCUUUAGUGACCGUUGUGUUGAAAUGGUGGGGAGGGAGGCGAUGUAGGCAGAAUGGCAGAGAGCUGAUUGAGCGCAGCUAAAACUGAAGAUUGCACACAGUCACACUCGGCAAAUGAAUCCAUCUUUUUCUUUUUUUUUUCUGCUUGUCUGGAAAGUUUUUGUUCACAUCAAGGCCAACUAAAGAACCAGGCUCACUGAUGUUGUCACAGAGAGAUAAUGCACUCCUCCCAGUUUGACUGUACACUAGCGAGCCCUGCAACAAUUCAGGCAGCCUUACGCAAUGUAACGAGGGAGGGAGAACGUCUCUGUGCGCCUGAAACGGUCAACAAGAUUUUCCCAUGUAUGAGCAACAUGGCUGUCUACUGUUGCCCAUGUCGGUCAAUGUUAUUGGCUUUUUUUUUUUUUUACAUGUACAUAAAAUAAAAUAUACAAGCAA